CCCACCAUCAGGUCGUCCUGUACCAGAGUCGACAAGCAAACUCCCAACGAACGAUCGACCUUUACGAGUUCUUUCCUCGGGUGCCAAUUGUUUUCUUGCUAAUCACACGAGGUCCUCUUUACCGCUUUCGUACAUGACCGAAGCCUCUUAUUUUAAUUUCGUUUGCUCAUUCUUUCUGCUUCAUACUCUUUAGCAUCGACGACCAUUAUUACCGCUACGUAGCAACUCCUGUCCUUUCUCCCAAGACAUUAGCUGCAAAACACCUACAGCAACCACAGCAACCAGGUACCUCCAUCUACCUAUUUAAUUAAAGAGCUGGAAUCUUACGCGCGUAAGCUGUUGAGUUGCCUCGUCUGCUUUGCUUCUCCAACACCCGACGGUGCGCCAAGUCGCCUCUGAUUCGGUUGACAUCCUCGAAUCAGUGCCAGGCUUGGGCUUUUGACAAACCUCAGCUCCAACUCCCCCUGAGUAGCCGGCAAACACAAAUCGCUCUUUAUAAACCGCUGUGUCGGCAGUCGUGACUAUGAGCAAAAUAGGGUCAGUUUCUGGUCUGCGGGCGAUGUUUGAGAGUGGCAACAAGGAGGAUACGCCAGAGCGAGGAAGGUCGCCAGGUUUAUCUGCAGGCACAGAAUCACCUCGCCCACUGUCCAAGAUUCGAACCAAUUUUGUCGCAGUUGUGGAAAAGGACGGCAGGGUGGGACUAAAGCGAGACCCCAGCUCCGACUCUGUACUCUCCAACUCCAAGAAAACAUACGACGACACAGAUAUCCCAUCAGCCACCGCUUCAAGGUCACAGUCAGCACAGGACAACCCUCCAUCUUUCACCGAUCGACUUCAGCAACAGAGCAAGCCAUUUCAAAUGGAUCCCAUUCCACAAUCGCCGCUGCACGACUCACCGAAACCGAGCCAGAAUGCCACAUUCGCCCAGCGAACGCCACCAGCUCCCGGCAGAGUUGCUUCUGGUUCGGAUGAUAACAAGACUACUGGUCCGGCACACGCUGAGGCUUCCACAACGACUUCCAAAGCUACCAAGUCCGAUCAGGGUCAAAAUCUCAAUGGAAAGACGGCUGUCGAAAGGGACAAGUCCAAGGCUGCAACCAAGGCUUCUCCGGCUAAGGAAGGCGCCAAGACAGAUAACGCCAAGACCGACGCCAAAGGGCCGAAAGCACUAUCUGUAACGACAACGAAAAGUAGUAGUCGUCCGGCGAAGUCUCCUGUUGCGACCAAAACCCCAACCAGUCCAGCCAAGGGUCCUAAGCUACCAGCCAAGACUCCGGAGAAGAGGACUCUGGACCCUCAAAAGUCUGCUACGCCGAAGCUCACCCCCAAGGCGGCUACUAAAGCAACGGGGUCUGGCAGUGCUAAGGAUUCCGGCGCAAAGACGAGCUCUGUAACCAAGAAACCGCCUACCGUUCAGAUUUCCCCAUCUGAUAGCUUGGAUCGAGGUGUGGGAUUCGUCAAGCCCAAGCCCAAGUCUCCAACGCGACCUGUAGCGCUCCCCGCAGGUCUCACAACACACACGGCUGCAUCUGCCACCAGGACAGGGACUGGUCGGUCAUCAUCGUCGCGGCAGUCUGGGAGCUACCAAAAUCCCGAAUCAAGAUCUCCGAGUAGGACUAGCACGACGACGGGUGGCACUUUGAGGAGGCAGAGUUCCACCAUCAACCGACCGAGGCCAAGCAUUGGGCCUCCGCCCAAGACGGCGGCCGUUGACCACCCUGUCACAAAGCGGGAGAAGCCGGUGGACGAGGGCUUCCUUGCGCGCAUGAUGCGUCCAACACAAGCCUCCAGUUCCAAGACGCACGAGAAGGUUGCGGCAAGCCCACCUCGUAAGAAUCCGGGUGUUUCCAAUGUCACGAAGCGCCCCGUUGCCAACAAAGACACCGUCGCAGGCGCCGUCAAGAAGACAGUUGCCAAGACUGAUGCCCUGGUGAAGAAGGCCUCGUCCAGACCUAUUGUGGCCAAACAACCCAGCGAGCCCGAAGACAAGUUGGCCCCGCAAAAAGGCGCAGUCUCGAAGACGACAAGCAAGUCGAAGUCGCAGGGAGUUGGUGCCAAGGCUGGAGACAAGCCAGAGGCUGCGAAGGCUCCAGAGCCAGCGCCUCAGGCAGCACCAGCGCCCGAGACAAAGCCAGAGCUCGAGCCAGAGCCCAAGCCAGAGCCAGUACCCCAGGUCAAGACCCUGGAACCCAAGACAGACGAGCCGCGAGUCGUUCCGGUAGAAGCUUCUCGGGUGGAUCCUGUCACAGCCGAAGCAUCCCAGACGAGCCAGUCUGCUGUGGUGCUAGAGAAUGAGUCUCCGAAACCGGAAACUGCCGAGGCGACUCAGUUAGCCGAUCCUGUCGAGAUUUCUCCCCGGGAUGAUGUUCCUGCCUCGACCGCAUCCGCACCUGUUGAUAACGAGGCUUCAGUAGAGCCUCCUCCGGCUGCAUUCGACGGGACUCUGGCAGAGACUAGCUCCGAGAAGGAACCGACAGAGCCUAAGACCCCCGUAGAUGUGCAUGAUGUUCAGGAACCCACCGCUAUCAUCGAGGGCUCGCCUGAGGAGGAAGUCAAGCCGACCCACGAGCUGGGGCUGGAAAGGGGAGAGGAAGCCACCACUGUGGUAGCCAACUGAGAGUUGUUAGCGGGUCGCAAAGCCCGCAAGAUUUAUAUGUUUGCGGGGAUUUUUUCCAUGUUCUACGUUGACUUGUACAGAAUAGGAGAUGCGCACAUGGGAUGCACUUUUACUAUCAGAUGAGAAUUGGUAUAAGCGUACUGCACAUGCAGCCUGACUACCUAUGUAUACCAUGAUUGUGAUUAAAGAUGUCUGAAGUCCC